UCGUCCAAUGAGCGAGCUACGUGUAUCACGUUGAGGCAUGACGCCGAGGGUUCACAGGUCAGGGGUUGAGGGGUUGCCAACGAAAGAGGAAGAUGGCGGCAGGCAGAGUGCACUGUAGGCAACGAUGACGACGAAGCAGGUUUAGCAGGCGGAUAAUACUGAAGAGUAAACGCCUGUCUUGCACAUUCUGACCACUGUCAUUACGACUUCACUCACAAGGAAUUCGGACACUAAUGGCGCUGCUGUACAGCUUGUUGUGGCGGCUCUUGCUGGUUCUGGUCCACAUUAACAGAGCGCUCGUCUCCUGGUUUCGUGUCCGGCUCCGGAGCUGGAAGGGUCGGCUGUGGGAGCGGUUGGUGGCCGCUCUGCUGCUGCCGGUAGCCCUUGCUGGUUUCCCGGACCAUCAGAAGAAGUUAAUUCAGAACCCUAAUGCUAACGCUAACCCAGGAAACCGCACCGCUGGUCGUCGGUCCCGGUGGCUGUCUGACGGCAGGUCUCUGGAGAAACUGCCGGUCCACAUCGGCCUAUUGGUAGCGGAAGAAGAGCCCAGCUAUACGGACAUAGCAAACCUGGUGGUCUGGUGUAUGGCUGUUGGUAUAUCAUAUGUCAGCGUCUAUGAUCAUCACGGUAUUUUUCGGAAGAAUAACUCCCGUCUGAUGGAGGAGAUAGUAAGGCAGCAGCAGGACUUGCUGGGCGCAGACGGAUCCAAAUACAACGUGGAGUUCCUUAGCAAUGGCAGCGAUAAACACCAGCACCAGGUGGUGUCCUGCAGGCCCACAUUGAAGGUGUUGUCUCCAGAAGACGGGAAGCAGAGCAUUGUCCAAGCAGCGCAGCAGCUCUGUCGCUCGGUGGAGAACAAAGAGAGGAGCUCCAAGGACAUCAGCGUCUCCAUGCUGGACACAAUGCUCAGAGAGUCCAAGAACACCCCCGACCCUGAGCUGGUGGUGAAGUUUGGUCCUGUGAACAGCACACUGGGCUUCCUGCCCUGGCACAUAAGACUCACGGAAUUCAUCUCCCUGCCCACCCACAGAAACAUCUCCUACGAGGACCUGCUGGGCGCCCUGCAGCGGUUCGGUGUUUGUCAGCAGCGGCUCGGCCAGUGAUCUGCAGGCCCGCGUCAGGCUCUUCAGACAGGAAGAAGUGUGUGGGGGAGGGUUAACGCAGUCAGAGGAGAGUUUUGAAAAGGUGGGGACCCCCCCCCUUCCAUGCUUCGCCAUGUCCCUCACUACUCCUCUCCCCAACUCUGUCCAUCUCCUGGAUCUCUGAUAGACUCCAAAAGACAGCUCAAAGACGAGGAAACCAGAAGACCCAACCAGCCGGCUCACUUCCUGCCACCAGCUCUUGUCUUAUAAUAAACUCACAUUCCAGGACUUCUGGAACGUGCUCGCCAAGCCAAGAGAAAAUAGCACCAUCAGAGACACACACUGACAUGAGAAGACACAAGCCCUGCUCUGUCCUCUCAAACCCUCUGGCUCACUGUUUGUCAUUCAGUCUCCAGCUGCUGUUUUCUGCUCAAGACUUUAGAAAAUGACUCGCCUUCACUCGGCAGAUAACAAAGAAGAAACAAGGCUUUGUGCCCGUCUUCUUGAGACACGCCGGGAAAUACAGCUGCCAUUUCAGGGAGAAGCUCCGCUCCCAACAACACAUGAGCCGGGGAAGCGGAAGUUGAGCUGAGGGACAGAGUGGUUAAUUAAUAAUGUGUAAAUAUGAGAAAUUCUUGUGGCUCUGUGUUUGUCCCCCGUGGCCUCCAGCUUGCAGUUGUGUUCAUGUGUAGUGCUGCUUCAGACACAUGCAGAGGUUUCUUCGAGGCUCCUGUUAGACUGAGCAAGCUCUGAAAUAAAGACAUGCACUGUC